AUGCCCAAAGAAACUUUACGCGAUAAACUCGAUGGCAACGAGCUCGACCUGAGCAUCAGCAACCUAGAAACUGUCCCAGUUAAAGAACUGGCUGCUUUACCGAAGGCGACACAUCUGGAUCUGUCAUGUAACUUGCUAAAGGCAUUGCCAGAUACCUUCUGCAGCCUUACCCACAUCAUCAGGUUGGAUCUGAGCAAGAACUCAAUCAGUGAGCUCCCAAGAGACUUUGGUCAGCUGGAGAACUUGCAGCAUCUGGACCUGCUGGGCAAUCAGCUGCGCACACUGCCACGGUCAUUCUGUCAACUCAAGAAGUUGAAGUGGUUAGAUUUGAAGGACAAUCCAUUGGAAAAUGGACUGAAGAAGAAUGCAGGGGACUGUUUGGAUGAAGAUCAAUGCAGGAAGUGUGCAGUACGAAUUUUGAGGUACAUGACAGAUUUGGACGGACUUCUGGAGAAACAGUCACAAACUCAGUUGAAGAGACAGAAAG